UAUCUGUCGCUGUCGUCUGUCGUUUCGUUUUCGUUGCAUAUUGGGGCAUGGAAAUGAGGAUUUGGAGAAAUAUUAUUUAUCCCUGCUUACAACUAGGAAAUUCCCCUUUGGGGAUUAAUUAUUAAUUUGUUAAUAAUUAUGUUUAGUUUAAUGUUUGGGCCGGCACUAAGGACUAGAGGAGAUUGUCGAAGUGUGAGUGAAGUGUUUGCGGGAUGAUUGUUAUCAAAUGUAUGUGAAUUCACACAAAUCAUGUGAAUUAUUGUAAACACUGUCUAAUUAUAGCCAAAAGGCGUUAUGACCCGCGUUUGUGUUUGUGUCCAGUGAAUAAACUACAUAAUUUAAAAAUGAAUGAGAAGAAAACGGAGAAAACCUUCAAGAGCUACAUCAAUGUAUCUCCAUCGAAGAACAAUGGGGAUAGAAACGGAUCAGUUCAAGAAGUAAAGCCCAAACUUCUAAAUGGUGAGCUGAUAGUGGGCGCGGCGCACAGCGUGGUGCUCCUGGCGCCGCUCAGCGACCGCGACCACGGCCGCUUCGGCUCUCUAUUCGUCACCAACUACAAGCUUGCGUUCGUGCCGCUCGAGAAGUCGGUCGACGAUGAAUGCAGUCAACGCAACCUCCUCCUCGGUCCAUACGAAGCGGCACUGACAAGCGUAGGCGCCGUAUGGCUCACGGACGGCGGGCCGGUGCGGAGACGCCGGCUGCUGCCCAAGGGAGACAUGCCGGUGAAGGUUAAAGGACUACAAGUCAUAUGCAAGAACAUGAAAGUCCUCACCUUCAGUUUCGCCAACUCGCCAAUCGGCCACGGCCGAAAAGUCGCCAUGGCGCUCGUCCACCACGCUUAUCCAAAACGUCACGAUCUGCUCUUCGCCUUCGAAUACAAGGAACCUUACUACCCCACUCUACCCUCUGACUUAAACAUGUUCAUUCGACCGGCUGACUGGAAGAGAGAGUUAGAAAGAUGUGAAAGUCCCCAUUGGAGAAUAACUUGCAUCAACGGCACGUCGGAUGCCUUCAUGUUGACGGCGGGCGAGACGCUGAUAGUGCCUAGUUCUGUGCUCGACUACAAUCUUAUGGAGAGCGCGAGGCAUUUCAGAUCAGGACGGGUGCCAGUAUGGGUGUGGGGCAGCAGCGCGGGGGCCGCGCUGCUGAGGAGCGCGGAGUUACUGCCCACGGAGCAAGCUGCUACCGCAGAGAGCGUGCUGCUAGAACAGGUCCGACGUUCCCACCCCAAGCUGACCCCGCCGCACGUGAUCUACCUAUGCGGGAACAGCUUCCAACAGCCGAGCAACGCCGCGGGCCCCAAUAAUGCCUUAACUCCACUGCCGACGUUAGGAGCGCUUGAGGCCUCAUACAAGAAGCUAGUCGAGUUAUGUACGCCAACGACGUUAGGCGGAUUCUGGGUACAAGAUUCCCAAUACUACUCGCUGAUGGAGGCGAGCCGGUGGCUGCGCCACGUCGGCAGCUGCGUGGCGUUCGCGGACUCGGCCGCCGGCCACCUCGCCCGCAACGUCACCGUCGUGCUGCAGGAGGGUGAUGGCGUCGACUAUUGCGCGGUGGUGUCGUGCCUAACACAACUGCUACUAGAUUCACACUUCAGGACCAUAUCGGGCUUCCAGUCGCUCAUACAGAAGGAGUGGGUCGCGCUAGGGCACCCGUUCUGCGACAGAUUCGGCCUCCCCCGGCCCGGGAACCCCAAAGACUCCAAAGACACCUCCGCCGCCCAGACUGCGCCGGUCUUCCUCCUCUUCCUGGACUGCACUUGGCAGUUGUUACAGCAGUUCCCCGACCAGUUCCAGUUCUCGGAGACCUACCUCACCACGCUGUGGGACUGCGCGCACAACCACCUCUUCGACACGUUCCUGUUCAACUGCCCGAGGGACCGCGAGCUCGCUGUUGCUAAGAAUUUCGUCCAAAGGCCAGUUUGGGAUUGGGGCGAGCAGUUCUCGGAGAAGGACAAGGCGCUGUUCUACAACCCUCUCUACAUGUCGCAUAAACAAGGGACGACACCAAAGCAAAGGAUAUCAACCUCAUCGAUGGGCAGUAAACCGUCCUCGCUACAGCGGCUAGAACCUUGCACGUCCGUGGCCGGCAUGGAGCUGUGGUCGCAGUGCUACGAGCGCUGGCUGCUACCGCUGGACGCGCCGUACGCCGGCCCCGUGCAGUACCACGUGUUCAACUAUUCUGUUCUCGCCGAGAUACAACGACUAAACGAGAAGCUGUCUUCCCUGUCGAUAAUGAGCAACCGCCAGUCCAACGGCGACUGGACCGAGCCCGCCCGCCCCGCGGCCGUGUCUCGCUUCUUCCCCUUCAGCGUGGCGCGCGGCAACUCGCGGAGCACGCUCGACUGUAUGCAGAUGAGCCUUAUCGACGCCUCACAGCUCCUGGACUCCCAGUCUCUACUGAACGCCCCAGACUAAUUCCUCAAAUUACCUGUAAGUUGCUAGAAAAUAUGCUUAUGUAUAUACAUUUUCAUGUUUGCGGAAUAUAUAAGCGAAAGCCAUUAUGCAAUAUGAACUUAUUCAACGUAACGUCAUCUUAAUUGGUUACAGGUUUUGAACCUUAAACUAACCUUAGUAAGCUCUUUAUAUUGAUGGGGUCAAAGUGCCAAAAUUGUGUAGUGUUUUGGCACUCUAUCCGUAUCGUUAUUAAUGGUACCUGUAUUAAUUUAAUAAUGGUAAAAUGUGUAAUGACAUUUCCUCCCAUAAAUUAGAAUUAUCAAAAAGAUUUUCCAGUAUCUAGUUUGUAUUAAGGCGCCAUUUCAAUUAGUUUUAUUAUUUUGUGAUUGAGCAUGCAGCGGCUGCAAAAAAGUUGCGUGUUGUAAUCGUGUAUAAAAUUGUCCGUAGUUAUGCAGAAAAACACUAACUUCAUUUUCUAACGAAACUAUAAACAUAAAUAAUGUAUUAUGGAAAUGAUAGCGUUUCGUUUCCUUUUCUGCAGACAAUUUUAUUGUCAUCACGUCAUAACAUAUUAAAGUAACGUUUAAGUUGUUUCCUUUCUGCAGACCUACAGUUUAACAUGCUUUUAUAGAACAAACGGUGUGUUUUCAUGAACACUUUUGUAUUUAAGCCAUUUUAUUACAAGUUGAUAGGAGAAUAUAAAUAUGAUUUGUGGAUUGAAACCCAUUUUUUACCUACCCUAAAAUUUUCAAUUUGUGUUGUUGAUAUAUUUUUUAUUGAAAUUGACGUACAUAAAGCAAGUGAUGAAAUGUAAAUAGUCUUAGGAUUAUUACAUAGUACAAUCGGAUUAAGACUAACUGCGAAAUCUCUAGCCCUCCAUAUGAGAUGGUUUCGUUUUAGGGACAUAGUGUCUUAGAUCUUUUUUAUGUGGAAUUUAAUAAGCUUUCACUUUGCUAUACACGAUAAUCAUAUAAAAUCCAUAGCUACAGAGAGAAAACGAAAAAACAAAGAAGACGUAUAUUUUUUCAUAUUCCGUCUGAUCCCUGUGGUCCCCGGUCCCCGAAGCUCAAAUUUGAAGACACGCAAACAGCGGUGUCAGCAUGGUUGCAUUUUUAUCACCUGUCACUAUGUCUGUCACUUUCGCACUUACAUACUUGUUAGAACGUGACAGGCAUGGUGACAGGCGAUAAAAAUGCUACCGUGCUAAGCCCGCUGGAAUCCCAGAAAUUGUAGGUGUCAAAUUGGAUUACUGUCACUAUUGUCAAAUCCCAUUCAAGAUCUAAAAUCUGUUUUUGCAAUCACAUUAUUUAGCCCUAGACAUUUUUUCUCCGUUAAUUUUAGUAAAAUUGUAUUGCAUAGCACUUGUGUAGCAAUUAUGGAUCUACUGAUGUCUAUUUUAUUAAAAUCGGUUAAAUAGUUUAGGCGCUAGAAGAAAAAAUAUGAUUUAGUUUACGGCGUCCUCUCAAGGCGGCUGUAUUGAUUUUUCUUUAAUAAAACAAGUGUAAACAGGUUGUAAAGGGCAAGAGGAAUUUACCGAUACUUCAUUAAAAAAAAUCUAAAGGGUAUACUGAAUCAUCAGUACUUAAACCCAUAACCCUACUUUCUGGUUAAGUCGUAGUCGAGCAAAAUGUUGAUAUUGGGGUAGGACAUGCACAAAUGUAUAGACAAUAGUGGAAUUCAUAUUCCUCCAAGUUUCCUAUUAAGAGAAUAUCCCCUGAAAGGCAAUAAGCGCUAAAUUUUUCCGCAAAGAUUACUACGACUUUUUUAGAAUUUAAUAAGCUUUAAUGUUGCCUUACACCAUAUUUUCAUAGAGAACGUAGAUUUAAAAGUGAAACGCGAAUUUCUUCAGGAUGGUACACAUUUUCCAAAUUUCCAAGAUGGCUGCGAUUCCUCGAGGUCCCCAAAUGUCAAAUGGUGUGGACAUGAAAAGGGGUAUUUAAUUGAUAUACAUACCUAAUUUCAGGACUGUUCUAGAGGUUUCGCAGUUAGUCUUAAUCCGAUUGUACUAACGUGUAAAUUAGUGAAACUGUCAUAUCAGUACAGAGCAAAUUUUAUCAAGUUCUAUAAUGGCCUUAGGUAUAAUUUUUAUAAAUAUAGCGAGUGUGAAUUAUUUUUUUAAGUUAUCUUAAGCUACGAAUUGAUUAUAUUUUAAUAUUCCAUUGAACAAAAUAGUGAUAUUUUUAUAUUUGUGAAAUGGUAAAUUGUGUAGCCUUUAUUUUCUUGUAUUUAAAGAUAGAUAAAU